AUGUCAAGAAGUUUGUUCCUUCGUAUUGUUGAUGCAAUGAAAGAUCAUAACUAUUACUUCCAACAACGAAGUGAUGGACUUGGUAGAAUGGGAUUAUCACCGUUACAGAAAGUAACAGCUGUUUUUCGUAUGUUGGCAUACGGUCUACCAGCUGAUGCUACGGACGAAUACGUUAAAAUAGGUGAGUCAACAGCAAUUGAAAGUAUGACAAAAUUUUGUCGUGCUAUGGUGGAAAUAUUCGCAGAGCGGUAUCUACGAACACCUAACGCUAACGAUAUUGCUAGGCUACUCUAUAUUGGACGUGGUGGGUCACCAACUAUUAUCCUUGAAGCUGUGGCAGAUUAUGAUAUUUGGAUAUGGCACGCAUAUUUCGGUAUGCCAGGCACCAAUAAUGAUAUCAAUGUGCUGGAGUCAUCUAAUCUUUUCUCUAAUCUAGCUCAAGGUAUUGCUCCUCCCGCUCACUAUGUUAUUCAAGGAAAAGAGUAUAGUAUGGGUUAUUAUUUAGCUGAUGGAUCAGCACGUUUUUGGAAAAAACAUGUAUUACAUGACAUAAUGACUGCAUGCAUUAUUAUGCACAAUAUGAUAAUCGAGGAUGAACGUGACCUUUAUGCACCAAUUCAAGAAGUGAGGAAAGCACCAACACCAGAAGUUGAUAUCGUAGCAGAUGAAACUACAAGAUUUACUCAAUUUAUUGCACGUUACAGACAAAUCAAGGAUAAAGAUGCCCAUAUUGCGCUUCGUAAUGCAUUGAUAGAUAAUUUAUGGGAGGAAUAUACUAUUUCAGAUAGUUAA